AUGGAGAAGAUAUCAAUGGCUGCCACAAAGAAAAAGGUGAGCAAGUAUGUACCUGAUGACAUUGUCUUCAUGAUUCUAUCAAAACUGCCUAUUAAAUCUUUGAAACGAUUCGAAUGUGUUCGUAAAUCAUGGUCUCUCUUGAUUGAAAAUACUAGUUUCAUGAACAUGUUUCAUAACAAUUUAUUAUCUAAUUUGUAUUAUUGUUCUUAUUAUGACCAAGCAUCUCUCUUCAUGCUGGUUCAUGGACUAACAAGAAAAGAUUAUUUCUAUUCUUUUUCUAUAGAGAAGUUUGAGAGUAAAGUCAAAUUAGAUUUAUCAAAUCCAUUUGAGGACCAAGAGGAUUACCUUGAAAAUAUUUGUAUUUUUGGUUUUAGUAAUAUUAAUGGUACAUUUUUUCUCUAUCAAGAUGGAUCUUGCAAAAUUGUUAUAUUAUGGAACCCGAGUAGAGAUGAAUUCAACCACAUUCCUCCAAGUCCGAUUGAAUCAACUCUCUCGAGGGAUGCUAGGUAUUCUUCCCCACCGGAUGUAUAUGUAGACCCUAUAUGGGAGAUAUAUAGCUUGAAAAGUAAUUCCUGGAGAAAACUUGAUCUGAACAUGCCGCAUUCUAUUAUGGGAACUAAGGAUGCAAGACUCUAUAUGGAUGGAAUGUGUCAUUGGUUGUGUCGACAUCGUAGUAGUCCUUUUACACCAUGUUUGACAUCAUUUUACUUGAGCAAAGAAGAGUUUUUUGUAACAUCCAUACCAGAUGAUUGUUUUGUUGUUGGAGAAAAAGAGGUAUACUUGGCGAUGUUAAAUGAAUUCAUAGCUCUACUCGAUAUGAUGGAAAUGGUUUUCACAUAUCAAUAUUGGGUGAACUCGGUAGAAAAGAAUCGUGGAUUUUGCUCUUCGUUGUUGGGCCAUUGUCUUGCAUUUCACCUUGGUUAUGAAGAAGAGGCUUGUAGUUUUCCUAGCCGAGUAAUAGUUUACAAGGAAAGCAUUCUUCCAAUUGAAGGAAUAAGUAGUUAA